UUUUCUACCAAUUAUUUUUUUGUAAGCUGUCAUGAUGUGAAAAAAAACACAGUAAAAAUCACAGCAUUUAUGUUAUUUCCUUAUUUCUUUUGUUUUCUUUUUUCUAAAUAUAGGUUCUUGUUAUAAAGCGGUUGUGCGCGCAUGCUCAGUUUUGAGCCAAGAAGCCAAGUAGCAUCAGCGGCUAAUCUCGACGACACAGGCGCAGCUAGCAGGUUAGCCGCGUAGCAAAUCAUGGUGAAUGUUAAGAAGCGGAAAGGUCGAGUCGUGAUUGACUCCGACUCUGAAGACAGUGCCAGUGAUGACAAUUUAGACCAGGAGUUGUUGUCCUUAGCAAAGAGGAAGAAGGUGGACUCCGGCGAGCAGGAAGAGCCCGCGAACAAACCAGCAGCUUCGACGGACUCCGAGACAUCAGACAGCGACGAUGAGUGGACUGUGGACGGCACCAAAGGCAAAAAGAAAGUUAAGCAGGGGAAAGGCUCUGAAAAGAAGAGCGCCACGAAAAAGAAAGUUAACAAGGCGACGGCGUCCGGCAGCUCAGAUGGAGACAGCUCAGCUGACAGCUCCGCUCCAGAAGAGGGCGAGGUUUCAGAUUCAGAAAGCAACAGCUCCUCCUCCAGCUCCGACUCGGACUCGUCUGAGGACGAGGUGUUCAAAGACGGCUACGAUGACGACUUGAUGGGCGACGCCGAGGACCGAACGCGCCUGGAGCAGAUGACGGAGAAGGAGAGAGAGCAGGAGCUGUUCAACAGAAUUGAGAAGAGAGAGGUGCUAAGGAGACGGUUUGAAAUAAAGAAGAAGCUGAAGGAGGCAAAGAAAAAGGAGAAAGAAGAGAAGAAAAAGAAGCAGGAGGAAGAGCAGGAAAAAAGGAAACAAUCUCAGGUUCAAGACACUCAGGUGAUGUCUAUGUCACACAACAAGGAAAGACGAUCCAAACGGGAUGAGAAACUGGACAAAAAGUCCCAAGCUAUGGAGGAACUAAAAGCUGAACGGGAAAAGAAGAAAAACAAAACAGCUGAACUGCUGGCUAAAAGAGAGCCCCUCAAGACGAGCGAGGUUUAUUCUGACGACGAGGAAGAGGAGGAGGAAGACGACGAUAAGUCGUCCGUUAAAAGCGACCGAAGUUCCCGCUCAUCGUCUUUUGACGACGACGAGAAAGAGGAGACUCCGCCGAAAUCGCAGCCGGUUUCGCUCCCCGAAGAGCUCAACAGGGUCCGCCUGUCCAGACACAAGCUGGAGCGCUGGUGCCACAUGCCCUUCUUUGCAAAGACGGUGACGGGCUGCUUCGUCAGAAUAGGCAUUGGGAACAGCAGCAGUAAACCAGUUUAUAGAGUUGCUGAAAUCGUGGAUGUAGUAGAAACAGCGAAGGUAUAUCAACUUGGAUCAACGCGGACAAACAAGGGACUGCAGUUGAGGCAUGGGGCCGACACGCGGGUUUUCAGACUUGAGUUCGUAUCAAAUCAAGAGUUCACGGAAAACGAAUUCAUGAAAUGGAAGGAGGCGAUGAUUGUUGCUGGAAUGCAGGUACCAACGCUUGAUGAAAUCACCAAGAAGGAACAGUCCAUCAAAGAAGCUCUGAAUUACAAGUUUAACGAUAAAGACAUUGAGGAUAUCGUCAAAGAAAAGGACAGAUUCCGAAAAGCGCCACCUAAUUAUGCCAUGAAGAAAACACAGUUGCUUAAAGACAAGGCCAUGGCAGAAGAAAGCGGUGAUGGUGAGAAAGUGAAAAAUAUCCAGGAUGAGCUGAAUGAGCUUGAGGAGAGGGCUGAAGCACUGGACCGACAGAGGACCAAGAACAUUUCAGCCAUCAGCUACAUUAACCAGAGGAACAGAAGCUGGAACAUUGUUGAAUCUGAGAAAGCACUCGUGGCUGAGGGGCAGAAUUCCAAAAACCAACAAAUGGACCCCUUCACCCGAAGACAGUGCAAACCGACCAUGGUGUCAAAUGCCAGAGAUCCAUCGGUCCAUGCAGCUAUUCUCGCUCACCUGAACCAAAAGUAUGGCUCGGGGUCGGGAGGCGGAGAUCCUGCUAGCACAGAGAAGAACAAAGUGGACCAAGCAAACCCUAAAGACAAAGACUUCCCCAAGCCAACCACUGACCUCUCAGAAGACUUGUUUAAAGUUCAUGAUUUUGAUGUUAAGAUUGACCUACAGGUCCCUAAUGCAGAAGCUAAGUCUCUUUCUGUGAGCUCCAACGCGCUGCCAGUGAAGGACGGAGCUCCCCGCAGGUCCCUCAACCUGGAGGACUACAAGAAGAGGAGGGGUCUGAUCUGAUUUGGGCAGCCCCCUCAUGCCGCAGCCACAUUGCAUGGGUCAUGGGUUUUUUCUGAGAAACGAGUACAUGUGGGUUCGGCUGGGAGGGUGGGGGGUGUGUGCGCGCGCGCAUCGGUGAGUCCAGCAGGAAAUGCGUGUUUCGAAAAACGCAAACAGACUCUUCAUCGGAAACGUAGGAAACACGGACGGAACAAGUGCAACAAAGGAUCACUGAUGGAAGAAACCUGUCCAAAUAUCGUUUGUUGUUGCAUUAGCCCCAAACAGUCGGUGUUCUAAGGAAAAAAUGUUUUAUUUAAUUUUUUUAUUUUUUUUUUUUGCUUACCUUUUUAUUUAACCUCUCUCAGCUAGAGUCUGAUAAAGGCAACACAUUUGGAUUAUUACCUUGGAUAAGGACACUAUCUUAGAAGACUUUGAUUGUUAUGUUGUUUUUGAUUACCGGACAUCUGAUGGCGUGGACAAGCUUGCCUUUUCCCCCCACAGUCAGACAAUGUUGUAUACCUUUUACCUGCCAUAAAUGUACAAUCAUCGGCCCUUGCAGUCCAUCCUGAAAUCGGAACGUUUUUUUUGUGGGAUUUGCGGUGUAGAUGAUUACUGUCUGAUUCGACCACGACACGGCCAUCCAUGCUGAAAGCGAACAGUUGCGUGGGGGGCCGGACACUUGUGACUUUUUAGGUCUUGAAAAUAGAUUUACAGAUUUAACUAUUUUCUUUAGCCUGGUUAUAAAGGUGAAGCUUCAUUUCUCUUAUCUUGUUUGGUUGUUCAUGGCAUUCACUCCCCUGCUGUGAGCUCCCAGAGCAGAUUCAGAACAGAUGUUAUCAAUUGUGUCAAUAGUCAGUUCUUGUAUUGAUGUGGCAUGCCAUGUAAAUAUGCAUUUUCAAGUGAGUGCGGGAAAAAAAAAAGAAUAAAGAAGCACUGUUUCAUAUCUAAUGUGUCUAUUUGUUUGCUAAACAAAAACCUAGUUUGUUGCAGGUUGGGGCCCUAUAGUGAUUCAUUCCUGACCACUUUAAUAAAUCAGACUAGAAUAACCCUAGUCAAAUAUUACUAAUUUUUAGCCCAUUAUUAUAUAUAUUAAACCAUCCACUGUUUUCCCAUUCCUUCCCACUUAAGAUUGAUUUUUUUUUCUUCUCUUGUAUUGGAAAGUAGUUGUAUGUAACCUUCAAGUCAGUAGGAAAAUGAUGUUUAAAACUUGUUUGAAUAAAGCUUGCGCCUAAGCCUGAAAA